UAUAUAGACAACCGCGUAAGGGCCUCAAUUCCUCUGGGUUUUUCUACGAACAAAUAAAUUCUCUGAAACCCCGCGGUAUUAAUUUUGCAGCGUACCGCCAGAUCUCACUCUCCUCCACCAAUGGCUUCUCCACCGACACUUCCGAUUUCCGGCCAUCAGUCGGCCACCGGAGCUCCAUCUCACCCGCCCAUCGCCACCCCGGCCUUCCGCGCAUUUCUCUCUCGGUUAACUUCCUCCGUCCGCCAAGGCUUCUCCCAACGCCGCCCCUGGUCGGAGCUCGUCGAUCGGAGCUCCUUGGCUCGUCCCCUCAACCUAUCCGAAGCCUAUUCCCGGAUCCGCAAGAACUUUUCAUAUUUCCGUGUCAAUUAUAUCACUCUCUUGACCCUUGUUCUCGCUUUUUCUCUCCUCUCCCAUCCGUUUUCUCUCUUGACUCUUCUUGCCCUCCUCGCGGCUUGGAGUUUUCUCUACAUUUUCCGUCCUUCUGAUCAGCCUUUGGUUAUUCGCGGACGUACUUUUUCCGAUUUCGAGACGUUGGUCGGGUUGGGGGUUCUGACUGUGAUUGUUGUGUUUCUCACUAGUGUUGGAUCGCUUCUGAUAUCGGCGUCGAUGAUUGGAUUUUCCAUUGUGUGCAUUCACGGUGCGUUUAGGCUUCCAGAGGAUCUCUUCCUUGAUGACCAAGAGCCUGCAAAUGGAGGGUUCCUGUCAUUUCUCGGUGGCGCGGCCACCGCUGCUUCAGCCGCAGGUCCUGCAAUUGCAGCGCGUGUAUAGCCAGAUCCUGAUCGGCGCCUGAUGGAAGUUUAAUUAUGGGUUAGUCUUACCUGUUGUACUCUUUGCAAUUUGAAUUCUUUGGCUGCGGGGAAGAUCGUGUUUCUUGUGAUCUGAAAGAACAGGAUUAGGGUUUGUUCUCUCUUAUGUAGAUUGUAUCGGAAGAUUCUGCAAGCUUAUAGAUCAAAUUUUGUUUAGUUUGUUCUAUAUACAAUAUCAUAAAUUGGAGUCGGUAUUACUUAGGGCGAUUAUUACGCAAUUCUUUUACCAUAGUCUCUCAUCUCUUAAUCUAAGGCCUGAAGAACCCCAUUAUCAUGUAUGUUGCUAUUACGGUUAUGUUUAAUGCCAGAUUUUGUUAUCUUCUAAUGGAAUUCAAAGUAUGUCAUUAAUUCGGUUGUUA